GGUGGCUCCUGGGACGCUUCUGCCAGGCAGAGAGAAAAGCCCGAGAGUCAGUAGGAGGUUUGGCUUGAGUGAAAAACUGAUAAGGGCCAGUACCCUAGGCCCCUGUAGGCAAGGGCCAUAGAAAAACUCAUUUGUCUAUGAAGGAAGGUUCUUGGCCCAACCUCAGAUUACCCUGUUUAUUUUCUUGCUUUUUGGCCCUGCCCACUUAUGCUGAAACUCCACCCCUAUCUCCCCCCUCCUCAUGGCCUCUGGGCAAAGGAGAGAUAGGGGUCAAAGGAUAAAUUGUAAGAGUGGCAGGUGCAAAAGUUUCAUGGACAUCUCAGAAGGAUAUAGCUUCUGCAGAUAUUUAGCAAUCUAGACAGAGCCUCUGACCAGAACAUCAAGGGGAUUCUCUCGUAAACAAUACAUAUCUGAAAAGUCUUGAAAUUAAGACCUGUGGUUUCCUUCCAAAUAUCAACUCUGGACGUUAGAGGAUGGCAACAGGCAGGGCACGUUCUACGCGAAAGCUCCGGAAUUGGGUGGUAGAGCAAGUGGAGAGUGGGAAUUUCCCAGGAGUGUGCUGGGAUGACACAAAUAAGACCAUGUUCCGGAUUCCCUGGAAGCACGCAGGCAAGCAGGACUUUCGGGAGGACCAGGAUGCUGCCUUCUUCAAGGCCUGGGCUAUAUUUAAGGGAAAGUCCAAGGAGGGCGACAUAGGAGGCCCUGCUGUCUGGAAGACUCGCCUGCGCUGUGCCCUCAACAAGAGUCCUGAAUUUGAAGAGGUUCCUGAGAGAGGCUGUAUGGAUGUUGCUGAACCCUACAAGGUAUAUCGGCUGCUGCCACCAGGCACCCUCCCUGCCCAGCCAGAGACCCAGAAAUCACCAUCAAAGAGACGCCACAGUUCCGUGUCCUCUGAGAGGGAGGAGGAGGAGGAUACCUCGAACAACUGCACACUCAGUCCCAACUAUCUCCAGGACCCCCUCAAUAAUGAGGUAAGGACUAAUGGGGAAGCAAGCCACUCAGACAGUAGAAGCAGCAGCAGCAGCAGCAGCAGAAGCAACAGCCCUGAGUCACAGGAAGGUGUGGAUACCACUGAGGCUACUGUUCAAGAGGAUCAGGUAUCCAUGGAGCAUCUCCCCCCUCUGAACUCAGACUACUCGCUGCUACUAACCUUCAUCUACAGUGGGCGUGUGGUAGGCAAAGCCCAGGUGCACAGCCUGGACUGCCGCCUUGUUGCUGAGUUCUCAGACUCCAGGAGCAGCAUGGAACAGGUUGUAUUUCCCAAGCCUGACCCAUCAGAGCCCAUCCAGCGCCUCCUGAGCCAGAUUGAGAGAGGCAUCUUGGUGGCCAGUAACUCCAGAGGUCUCUUUGUACAACGCCUUUGCCCCAUCCCCAUCUCUUGGAAUGCACCCCAGGCCCCACCUGGGCCAGGCCCGCAUCUGCUACCCAGCAAUAAGUGUGUGGAGCUCUUCAGGACCACCUAUUUCUGCAGAGAUUUGGACAGGUACUCCCAGGGCCUGGGCCCCCUACCCAAGUUCCAGGUAGCACUGCAUUUCUGGGAGAGGAGCUCUGACCCCAACAAUACCUCACAGAAUCUUAUCACAGUGCAAAUGGAGCAGGCCUUUGCCCGACAUUUACUGGAGAAGAGGAGCAAGCAGCCACUUUUAUCCUGCUGUAGUCUAGGGGACCCACCUGCUGCCUCACCUCUCUAUUCCUCCUUUCUCCUUUGAAAUAGACUCAUGCUUCACUCUGUUUUACUGGCUUCCCUUUGUGAUAAUGGUCAUGGCUGUAAAUUAUGUCCUUGAACUGCUUACCCACCCUGGCUCAUGAGAAACUCAAGGAUUAUUUUUGUCCUUUUAAAAAAACAUACCCUCUUUUAUCUCCAAGGAACUGGGAUAUUCCAAGUGGUAGAAACUCAAGGGGGCCUUUCCCUUUUCACCCAACCUCCAGUUCAAAAGCCAAGCACUUUACAUUUUCUUCCUACAUCUCCAAUAAGGAUUUAAAAUAAAAAUUUUAUUGAAAGAUGAA